CACUUUUCCUCAGGCUGCCGCUGCUUCGCGAAGGGCAAGAAGGGCACUGCCAGCAGCUAUUCCAUCAUGUCUGUGCCUCGGAAGCAGGUCGAGGGGUGGCUUGCCGAGUUUCUGAUCAAGGCGUCGGAGGUCAUCCUGCAAGCGCGUGUCAUCCCGCUCAAAACAUCAUCGCACCCGAGGCACAUGUCGACGGUGAGCGAGAGAACACGCGAAGCACAAAGAUCCAGACUCGCGUUGCCUCUUCCUGCAAUUGUUUGCUUGUUGCUUCUCCUUCUCUCCCACAGUUGUUUCAGCUGCGGUUGGCCGAGUGGUUUGACGUGCGUCAGGAGGUGGCGAGGGGCAUCCGCGGCUACCACUUCGACCGACCAUUCACAUUCAGCGUUGAGAUAUACCUCAACAAAACUGGUGGGUAGGGACAAGACAGACAGACAGACAGACGGACGGACAGACAAGCAGGUCACUGACUUGCUGCUCCUUCGUGCUCAGAUGCGGAUGGUCGUCCGGGCGACCAGCUGCUGGUGGAGAGGUGGACGUUCAAAUUCCACCCAAAGUAGACCAAACAACUCAUCCAUCUGCCCUUCCACAUCGGAUGACAUCUGUCUGCCCUGUGUGGGUGCAUGGCUGUGUGUCAGCACACUGGCGGAGAAGUACAGCGACCGUCUUUACAACAAGCUGUGCCUCGGCCUGCGGACGCUCCUCUGCUUCACGCGGCUCCUGCCGGCUUACCACUGCUAUGUCGACGCACAGAGGGGUGCACAUGCCACCAGUCGCGCACCAGGUGGAUGACGAGAAGACGCUUUCAGAAUGAGCGUGUUCCCUUUGAAUGUGUGGAUUGCUUGCUUGGCUGUCUGUCUGUCUGUGGCUGCAGGGAGGAAGGACGGCAUGGCGACAGCUCGGCUGAGCCACCGUGUGCACUUCAGAGACAUCAAUGCACUCGCCAACUACAACUGUAAGCCGACUUGACCAUAAACACACAUGUGCACAAACCACAGAUGUCCGAUCCUUGAUCGUGCCAUCCAUCGCUCAGGCAAGGAGGUGACGUCGUCUGACUUUCUGAACCUUCCCUGCUCGUUCGGCGUCCUUUCCGUCGGCGUCAGCCACCGGCUGGAGCUGCCCUUCCCUCAGAAGCCGCUCACCGAGGACGCGGCGGCCUCUGCGUUCGGCUACGUCGACAACUAUGAGGUGGAGGAGGGCUACGUCACAUGCAACCCGCCCACGCACCAGCCACGAGGUAGGCUCAGCAUGAACACCACACACCGUUAUACUGUGCUUGUGUGUGUGUGUUGUUUGCGUCAGGCCAGUCGCCGUCCAUUUCUCUCUCUCCUCGCCCAGCUUUGGGCGCAUCUUCACACCACCACCACCAACACCACCAUCAGCAUCGGUCCUGGGGCCACCAUCACCACCAGCAGGCGGAGAGAGGCUGGACGAUGAACGUCUUGACAGGAGAGGGCAGGCGCCACAAGUCGGGCUCCGAUGACGGCGACGUCCCGCCACUCCGUAAGUUGGGGGAGAAAGGAGCAUACAAUACAUGUGUGCGUCAUCUACAUGUCGCCUGUGUGCGUGUCGGUCAGCUUCUGGGCCGUCCGACUCGUCGACGGGAAACAUGAUGGCGGCCGGCACUCCGCCCUUCGCACAGCCACGGUAUGCCUGCCAACAGACAAAUAGAAUACACAGCCAUCAAGCAACCUCCUCAUGUGUGUCCUUUGCCCUGCCGUGUGUGUCAGUCAUUUGCAUCAUCGUCCGACCGGCAUCUCCCCCAGCAGCGGUCCUGGCGUGGCGCCCAUGAGCAUAUCGCCCAGAGAUCACGGGCUGUUGGGCAGGGGAAACACGCCACCCAAUGUCACGGUAGGUGCAGGGGACAGCCAUCUCUCCACCAAUCCAUUACCCUUUCCGUCUCAUGUUGACGUCUCAGCUGCCCCCCCCGCUGCUGCGUGACACUUCCCAGACGCCCACGCCGACCCCCUCAUCGGCACACACGCCCUGGGGCACCACACAACACAUGAGAACCUCACCCAGGUACACAACGACACUGUACACACACAACACAACAAAAGAAACAACACUGCACGGAUCAUCCAUGUCCGGACUGUGUCCAUCGACAUCAGGGUGGGCACCAAGGCGAGCGACUAUUCUCCCGGUCGUGGCGAAGGGCUGCCGCCCAGGCCACACACUCCACACUCGAGAGGCUCAGCACCACAGACACCAACCAGUAGGAAGGCGCCUUGGUACAGACAUGGGCACCUGUUUACUUCAUUUGGAUGUGUGUGCUAUGUGUGUGCCAGGUCGGCAGGGCAGCGGCGGGUACGGCCAGGGUGUGUUUGGGCCGCUGGGCACACCGCCUCUCGGGUACCAGAGCAGGACGACAUCGCGGGACUGCCCAAGCCCCGUGCUGGGCGUCAGCCCAACAUCAGAGAUGCUGCCAUCUCCCCGGCCAGACGAGGGUAAGCGAAAUUGCACACCCACUCUCGGGCAUCGAGACCACAUGUAUGGGUGCGCUGGUGCGUUUCCCUUUCAGGCUUCGGCGAUCUGUGGAUGGCCUCACACCCUGCCGUGCGCAAGCAGUCCUCAGCCAGCCUCAUGUCUGUGUAAGCGCCGACCACAGCACACCGCCCUUUGCAUAACUCUCUCACUCUGCCGUGUCAAUGAAUGUCAGCGGCCGGAUGUCGCGCAAGAGCAGCGGGAGUGGCGCGUGCAGUGCGACGGGUGCCGGCAGUGAGGGUGGGCAUCCCGUCAUAUUCGAUGACGGGGAGGAGGAGGGCGAGAUAUUCAUGCUUGACCAGGACAAGGGAGAGGUGACCUGACCACAUAACACCAACACAUCACUAACUGUGUGGAUGUGCGUGCCUAUUUGUGUGUUGUGCGUGUGUGUGUGCAGGAGGAGGCAUUUGAAGAUGACGAGGACAGCCACGUGCUGGCCUCAAUGAUCGGGCAGCUCGGGGAGGGCGCUGGGGCGUUCGUCAUCAAAAAAGGUGAAACGGCACACGCACACACAUCCGGCAUAGAAUCCCUAACCAGUUGUACGCACGCCCAUCAGAUGACACGUCCGACUGGCCCCCGACAGCGCCCCUCAACCUGCCGUCCCCCGCCCCUGCCUCCCCAUCCUCCUCUCCACCCACACCCUUCUCACCACUCCUCCAGCGACUCGGAUUCCGCCCCUCACCAUCACCAGCACCCUCACCCACACCCAUACCACCAUCCACAUGGCCGUGGGGCCGUCUCGUCUCACGUGGGUCCAGCGACCGUCGGUCCAUCGACCGCGAGAGGCUGUCGCGGCCGGUGCUGCAUCUGCUGGAGGUGCUGUGUCGUGCGGUGGAGGAGGGCAGCAACAGGGGCGUGCCUGUGGAUGGGAGGAAGGUAAGCGACGCGGCGAUGCGGGCGGUGCAGUAUGGCGGGACCAAUGAGGGAGGAGUGGUGCAGCAAGUCCUCAACCAGAGCGGGUGAGUGGGGGGUGAGAGGUGCAUGGAAGGGGCUGUGCAUUGUCUCUCUCUGUGUGUGUCAUAUGUGCAGCGGUGGUCGGUGGCAGGGCGGUCGCAUGCUGGUGACACUUGACCUACCAGGGGCGACGCAGCUGCUGCAAGACCUGGUAGGGAGAAGGCAUACACACCAACACACAGAUGCACACGUGUGGCCCUCUCCUCUGUGUGUGGCAGCGGACAUCGUUGUACGGCUAUGUGCAUCAUCAAUCUGUGAGCAAGUCGAGCACGCCGCCCGCGUCGAUGCGGGGCCUGCCCGCCCACCCCCACCCCGGAAGUAUGUUCGAGAGCUGCAUGGACAGCAGUGGGGACGAAAAGAUGAUCGACGAAGACUCUAAGACCAAACGGGACAGAUUCCUCGCUUCUGUUGGUCAGCCAGCCAGCCAUCUGCACGCGAUUCGAGUGUUCAUCUCCAUGUGGUUUGGUUUGGUGUAAUGUGGUGUGUGUAGGUGAUUUGAUGCGUCACUGCCAGCAGCCACGGCCCCUGGCCAUCGCGCAGCAGACCAUUCCUGUGGUACGCACAGACGCUUCGCGUAAAUGAAUGACUGAUAACGGUUUGCUCUGGCCUCUCUCUCUCUCUCCCCCGUGUCUGCAUGCAGCGUGAGCUGUUUAGGCGGCUGGAGCAUUUCGAGGUCAGUAUUGCGCCGCAACACCAGAAAUUCUUACAUUGGUACGUUGUCUGUGUUGAUUGAUCAGAAGCUGGGCGAGAAGAUACGGAGCCGGCCUCGGGACACAUUCUGAUGAUGUGGGAGAGGGAUGGACGAGUGUUUUUUUCAUCAUGACAGCCGCUAGAACCUUGCUCGGCUGUAUAUCGCACGCCAUGGAUGUAGUUACGUGGACUGAAUGAAUGAAUGGACAGACUUAUCGACGUAACAAACAACUUUCUGCUCAGGUCUAUCUUUCUGUCUAUGUACCAAAUGUACCAAG